CGUGCUCAAGGGCUCGGCCUCCACCCCUCCGCAUCCGCGAGUCGGGAGUCGCGGCUGGAGCACGGCGGCGGCGAACCGAGCGCCCGCGGCCCCUCUCGGCGGCGUCGCCCACUACGUCCUCCAGCGCCCUCGGUCGUCCGCCGGUACACGUCGUCCACCUCAAGCUGCCCAGAGACUCCAGAUUCCCCGUCCUGCUCCUCGCCAUACCCUAGGUGGCUACGUCGCCACUGUCCGGGGCGUCCGUUUUAGGUUGGAUUUUCUGAAUGGCCAGCCGUGGGGAUGCGGAUGGCGUCACCUCCUCCAUGGGGGAGCUGAGCGUAGAAGCAGCGCCUUCAUCAAUCGAGGCUGAAGUCCCCCAGCAUGCUAAUGGUGGUGAUGUUGCUGCUGCCGAGCUCGAUGAUGUAUGGGAAGAUGUUUCAGAUUCUCCUCGGCAUGCAAAUACCUUAGACAGAGAAUGGAUCCACAGGCAGAACCAGUUUCAGAAGAUGGGCUAUCGGGAUGGUAUAACAGAAGGGCAGAAGGACUCUGCUCAGGAAGGCUUCAAUGUUGGGUUCAGGCAAUCUGUAAACGUUGGCUACAAGUGGGGUCUUGUUCGCGGGGUUGCUAGUGCACUAGCUAGCCUUCCUGACAGCUUGAAAGAAAAACUGGUGCCGGAUGUUCAGCAUAGAGGGAAAUUACAGGAUCUGCACAACUCCGUGCACGAAAUAUCAGCUGAUGAUGCUCUUCAGAUGUUCCAUGAGAGUCUUUGCCAAAGUAAUCGUCCUUCAGAGGGAUCAGGAUCACAUGUAACGUCAACCUCAAAUGGAGCUACAGAAUCAAAUAGGAUGGAAAGCCUAUCAAAGGAUCUUGUGUUGUUGUUGCACGAAUGCUCAGAUAUUAAGGUAAGUGAAGAGUUGGCAUGAGAUUCAUGAACAGGGUGGCCAGGAAUUUCUACCAUUACGGAUUUUCCAAUUCUGGCAGAAUCGCGUUGAAUUCCUAGAUUACUGAACAUAUACGGAUGAAACUGGGCUAUACUAGGUGAAUGUGAUCCGGGAAAUUUAUUUUGAAAGGAGCUGAUACUCAAAAGGCUCAAACCUCUGAGACCUAGAAUGUAACCGUGGAUCCUGUUAUUCCAUAUUUCCCUUUUGCUGCUGUAACCUGUAACUAGAAUUGUAACUGUUACUCCUAUAAAUUUGCAGUUCUUAAACAAUAGUAAUGUUUUUCUCCCUGAA